AUGAAUGCGACGCUCGCCGAUACUAGCUGGAAUUCGCCAUACAGCAUACCGACUCAAAUGUUCGUGUGGUUCGUAAUUAUUCUACUGAGCUUGGAAACGAUCAUCGGCAACGCGAUGGUAAUAGUGGCUUAUAGAAUUGAACGGAAUAUCAGCAAACAAGUGAGCAAUCGCUACAUAGUCUCACUGGCAAUUUCGGAUUUAAUUAUUGGAAUUGAGGGGUUCCCAUUUUUUACGGUUUACGUUUUGAAUGGCGAACGUUGGCCUUUGGGUUGGGUUGCAUGUGAAACUUGGUUGUUCCUUGAUUACACCCUAUGUCUCGUUUCAAUCUUAACUGUUCUUCUCAUAACGGCGGAUCGAUAUUUAUCAGUAUGUCACACGGCAAAAUAUCUUAAAUGGCAAAGUCCUACAAAAACGCAACUUUUGAUUCUUCUUUCCUGGCUCAUUCCUUCAAUUAUUUUCGGAAUAAUGAUUUACGGAUGGCAAGCUAUGACUGGACAAUCCAAUAGCAUGAGUGGUGCCGAAUGUUCGGCUCCAUUUUUGAGCAACCCGUAUGUAAACAUGGGAAUGUAUGUUGCAUAUUACUGGACGACCCUAGUGGCAAUGCUCAUUCUCUAUAAGGGAAUCCAUCAGGCUGCCAAAAACUUAGAGAAGAAGGCAAAGGCAAAAGAAAGACGUCACAUCGCACUCAUUCUUAGUCAACGUCUCGGAACUCAAGUCGGAGUCUCGCUUAUGCUUCAAUCAAAAGCGGAAAAGGAAAAAAAUGAGGAAGCUCAGAAUGAGAGCAAUAAUCAAGCAGGGGAUAUAAAUCAACGGAGAUUCGGAUUUGCCGAACCCGAAUCGAGUAAUUACCGAACUGAGACCAAAAAUUCUUUAACCGCGGAGGGAUCAGGUAAUACAGACAGCGAGCAAAACUUGGGAGUAAUCGAGGAAGAGAAAAGCGGAUUUUAUUCUAGAAGAGAGAGCAAUGAGAGCUACUACCCGGGACCCCAUCCAACUGCUGACAACUCUAGACGAUGCAGUGAAAUGGAGCGAGUUUCCCUUUUAAAUCAUAACCAAGAAGAUGGAACUGUCACGAGACCAAUUAAAUCGUACGGAAGACUUUCGUUGAAAUCGCGCUACAGUGCAUCUGAUAGCAUCACAACUACGCAUGAGGAGGAAGGAAAUAUUGAAAAAGCUGAUAGUCUUCGGAAACUCUUUGCUGAUGAUGAAUUAACCUCGGUUUUGAACUUUAAGGAAGAGGCAAAGCAAAAAACUGCUCCCGAUUCGAAUAACGAUUCCGAUUCUACUUCUGUAAUUCUGCAAAGAACCAAGAAAUUUAAGAAGAAUAAAAGGCAGCGCUGCAGUCGUAGAUCAACCCGUUCUGCUUCACAACGUAUUCCGAAACUACGACACGCCGACGAGGCGGAACCUUCCACUUCAGGAGCUUUAAUUACAACUGAAGAUAAUGCAGACAAUGUUCAAGUUAGAAGAACUGAACGUUGGGUGGUUUCAAUGAAACGACGAAUUGCUCAAGCGUUGACACGUCGUAGAAGUACACGCGAAGAGGAAACCAGCAAUAGCGACGAUUCUUCUUCCGAGGUCGAAACUAAUCAGCCUAACCGACAGACCAGUUUGAAAAUCCCACAGUUGACGGUUAACGAGGAAAAAGAAGAGAAUCCAGCGCCAGCAGCAGAAGAAGCAAAACCGCAGAAGACCGAAACAUUUUUGAGUGCUGCAGGAGUCUCCAGAAAAAUUUCGACAAUCUCGACGGCCAUUACUCGCGAGAAAGUGAUUUCGUCGAUUUUUGCACCAAUUGCUGUCUUCAAUCGUGGAAGAAAACAAACAAAAGCUGAGAAGAGAGCUCAUAAAGCGUUCAGGACAAUUACAUUCAUUGUUGGCUUAUUUGCAAUUUUAUGGUCUCCUUACUACAUUAUGGCAACAGUGUAUGGUUUCUGCAAAGGACAGUGCAUUCCAUCAUUCCUCUACACUCUUUCGUAUUAUAUGUGCUACUUGAAUAGCAGUGGAAAUCCAUUUGCGUACGCAUUGGCCAACCGCCAAUUCCGUUCAGCAUUCAUGAGAAUGUUCCGUGGAAACUUCAACAAAAUUGCGUAA